UUUAGUAAUGCCAAACCUAACCUAUAAACAACAACAUCAACAUUAUUGUUGUGCUUUUUAGUGGUGGUUUAAGGGCUUUUUAACGCGAAAACGAUGAAAAUCGCGGUCGAGGGCUGCGCCCACGGCGAGCUAGAAAACAUUUACGCCGCCAUAAAAGACAUCGAGGACAGGGAAAAGGUCAAAGUUGACCUGUUGAUAUGUUGCGGGGACUUUCAGUCCUCGCGGAACGCUGAGGACUUGGCUUGUAUGGCCGUGCCCCCCAAAUACAGGAGCAUUUGCUCCUUUUACAAAUACUAUAGUGGGGAAAAAACCGCCCCGAUCCUCACGAUAUUCAUCGGGGGCAACCACGAGGCCUCCAACUACUUGCAAGAGCUUCCUUAUGGGGGCUGGGUGGCCAAAAACAUUUACUAUCUUGGGUACGCCGGAGUGGUUAAUAUAGCUGGUGUAAGAAUUGGGGGGCUCUCAGGCAUUUACAAAUCGCACGAUUACAUGAAGGGGCACUUUGAGAGGGCCCCUUACGAUGAAAAUGCCAAAAGGAGUGUCUAUCAUAUAAGAAACCUAGAAGUGUUUCGUCUAAAGCAAUUAUCAAGGGAAAUAGAUGUUUUUUUAUCUCAUGACUGGCCUACUGGAAUCUACCAUCAUGGAAAUGUAAACCAAUUGCUCAAGCGGAAACCGUUCUUCAAAGGAGAGGUGGAUAGCAAUCAGCUGGGGAGCAAACCUUGCGAGGAGCUCCUCCACCAUUUACAGCCAAAAUUCUGGUUUGCCGCCCAUUUGCAUUGCAAGUUUGCCGCCCUGGUCGCCCAUAAGGAUAAUCCCACCCCUACAAGGUUUCUUGCCCUGGAUAAAUGUUUGGUUCGGAGGCAAUUUUUGCAAAUUCUAGACAUACCCCACAUAGAGGGAAAACCUUUCGAUCUGGAAUAUGACUUGGAAUGGUUGACUGUGCUGUUUUUGACCAAUCACUUGUUGAGUGUGAAGAGCGUUAGCAAUUAUAUGCCUGGAAUGGGUAGCCAGGAAAGGUACAAUUUCACCCCCACGGAACAAGAAAAGGACCUGGUGCUGAACAAACUGCAAAAAAACCUUAAAAUCCCGAAAAACUUCCGUCCCACAGCCCCCUCAUACCAGCCGGGGGACAAUAUGAAACACUGCAAACAGCCCGAGCCCAAAUUGAACCCGCAAACGGUGGAAUUCUGCGACAUUUUAGGGAUCGACGACCCGAUUUGCCUCGUUUCCGAGAGUAACAGUCUGAACAUCUCGUUGGACGCGAGUUUUUAUGAAAAUUCGACGUUCAUAAGUAGCGAUUCGGAGUCUGAAGAGGAUGAGGACGAGGAACCGAAAAAGUUGACCCCCAUGAAACUUCCGGAGCCCGUCAACGCGAUUUGUGAGGAGGAAGCGCUCAGAGUGUCUCCGAAAAGGGCCCCCAGUGAGGAGGUGCCGGAGGUCAAAGUCCAGAGCGACACGCCCAAGUUCAAGAGGAGAAACGUGGGCAUUUACGGGGUGGGCAGCUGAUGAGCGCGGUAUUUAUUUUUUGUUUUUAACAUUUGGAUGCAUGUUUUAAAUAAUUUUUGUACAGUGACUUUAUUUAUCGGUUCGGAUUUUAUUCUGUCCGCAAUAAAUCUUUAUAUAUAUA